AAGAAUUAGAAGAUUGGGAGAAUGAGUUCUUCUGGACACCAACAAAAAACAUCAAGGAAAACAUUAAACCAGAGAGCACCAGUGAUAUCCAAAGUGCUUCAAAAGAGGUGGAUGAUAGAAUUAUUACUGAAAAUUCAGAAAGGGAUGCAAUUCAG